GUCGCAGUCGGCACCUCGAGUGAAAAUGAUGCUCCUCAACCGCUCUGCACAGGCCGCUUUCAGCGGCAAGGCCGCCCGCCCGGCCCAGGCCAACCGGGCUCGCCUGGUGUGCCGCGCUGAGGAGAAGUCCAUCGCAACGGUGGAUCGCUCGAAGGACCAGCUGUACGUCGGCGCCUCGCAGUCGUCGCUGGCUUACCUGGAUGGCACCCUGCCGGGCGACUUCGGCUUCGACCCGCUGGGCCUGCUGGACCCAGUCAACUCGGGCGGCUUCGUUGAGCCCAAGUGGCUGCAGUACUCUGAGGUCAUUCACGGCCGCUGGGCUAUGCUUGGCGCCGCUGGCUGCAUCGCCCCGGAGAUCCUGGGUGCCGCUGGUCUGAUCCCGGAGAAGACCAACAUUGUCUGGUACGAGAGUGGUGUCAUCCCACCGGCUGGCUCGUACGAUGGCUACUGGGCUGACCCAUACACGAUCUUCUUUAUUGAGAUUGUUGCUAUGCAGUUCGCCGAGCUGCGUCGCCUGCAGGACUUCCGCUACCCUGGCUCGAUGGGCAAGCAAUACUUCCUGGGUCUGGAGAAGAUCUUCGCUGGCAGCGGCGAUCCCGCUUACCCCGGUGGCCCGUUCUUCAACCUGUUCAACCUGGGCAAGACUGAGGCUGCCAUGAAGGAGCUGAAGCUGAAGGAGAUCAAGAACGGCCGCCUGGCCAUGCUUGCCAUGCUGGGCUACGGUGCCCAGGCCACCCUGACCCGGGAGGGUCCCUUCCAGAACCUGCUGGACCACCUGGCUGACCCCGUCAACAACAACAUCCUGACUAACUUCGGCAAGGCAUUUGGUCCUCAGUAAUUGAUGUCGAGCGAGCUGUGCCGGAGACCGUCGCUUCGGCUGGUUAAACUUGCGUCGAUGGCCGCCACGAUUAGGAACCGGGCGGUCUGAUCGGAUGUAUUGCGGUAGCUUAGAAUUAGGCUGGAGUUUUUGAAUGAGAACACCUGAUUCAAAGAUAUCGUAGUUCAGAUGGUUUGCCUGACAUUGCGGAUUUUUGGAUGGUUGACCACUUGGCCGUAGGGUGUUCCGUGGGGCAUGGCGCGGAACGUUUUGCAUCGGUUUGUAACAAUAUCGACAUGACCAUGCAAUUCUUGCAGCGGAUGGGCUGUCUUAUUUUCGGGGUUCCUGCUGUAAAAGCAAUGCGUUGCGUUGCGUCUUAUGGCCGGCAGAUCUUGAAAAUGAUAUCAGUACUGCGGUGUUUGGCUGUGUUCGCCAAAUUGUUUGGCUACACUGAGGUGUAGCUUUCUUAUUGCUGCUAUAACUUCAACGAGAUGUAAGAGAAGACUAUCUCAUUAUUUCCAGUCACCUUCCCUUCGUGUGUCAAUAUAACAUGCGCCUAACCAUGCGUAACGAAGCGUCUAGUCCUAAAACCUUAAAACCUUAAGAGUCCUAAAAACUAAACUUACUUUAAGCCGUCCUCGAAAUCGUACACCUCAUAAUCUGAACAACCAGUCAACACGAAAACAUGCAUUAGUUCUAUUCUAUAAUAAUAAACCAAUGUAACGACACCCGAUUACCACAGCCCACAUUGUCCGACAAACCACCAAACCCGAUUUAAUCCACUCUGGGAAACGUCAGCGGCUUGAGUGCAUCCAACCGGGCCUCUUGUGGGCAGUAGGGGCACUUGAAGGGCCUCGCACGCGCCUUGGCCAGUUUGCU